AUGGAACAGGAUAAAAACGUCUCAAGUUUUACUCGUCUAGAUAUUCUUAUUCAGUAUUACCUCGACCGUGUCACUCCAUAUGCUGUCGCUCGCUGGUUGACGAAUUUAGGCUUAUUAAUCGUUUUCGCUGUUCGAAUUAUUUAUAUACAAGGUUUCUAUAUCAUUGCCUACUGUCUUGGCAUCUUUCUACUCAAUCAAUUUCUUUUAUUUCUCACACCAAAACAAGAUCCAUCAUUCGCUGAUGAUGAUGAUGACGACCAUGCGCCGAGUUUACCAACAAGAUCAAAUGAAGAAUUUCGACCAUUUAUGCGACGUCUACCAGAAUUUAAGUUCUGGUAUAUCACAUUCAAAGCGUUUGCUAUUAGUUUAAUUCUCACGUUCAUUCCAAUACUGAACAUUCCAGUUAUGUGGCCAGUGCUUGUCAUUUAUUUCAUUGUGUUAUUUAUACUAACAAUGCGACAACCAAAAUUAAUUGCUGAUCAAGCACCAGCUGCGAUUAAAGAAGGUGAAAUGGUGAACUAUUUUGGAAGGAAAAUUGCGAUUGAUGCCUCCAUGUCUAUCUAUCAAUUUCUGAUCGCUGUUCGUCAGAAUGGAGAAAAUUUAACAAAUGAUAGUGGAGAAACGACCAGUCAUUUGAUGGGGAUGUUCUAUCGAACGAUUCGAAUGAUUGAAAAUGGUAUUAAGCCAGUGUAUGUGUUUGAUGGCAAACCACCGCAAUCGAAAUCGAAGGAAUUAGAAAAACGUCUUGAACGACGAACCGAAGCGGAAGCUGAAAAGAUCAAAGCAGCGGAUGCUGGUGAUGAAGAAGCUUUUGAUAAGUUUGCACGUCGAACAGUUAAAGUUACUCGUGAACAUAAUGAUGAUUGUAAGCGAUUGUUGACACUAAUGGGUGUUCCUUAUGUUGAUGCGCCAACAGAAGCGGAAGCUCAAUGUGCUGCGCUUGUUAAACAAGGAAAAGUUUACGGAGUUGGAACUGAAGAUAUGGAUGCAUUAACAUUUGGUGCGGACGUUCUUGUUCGUCAUUUAACUUUUAGUGAAGCACGAAAAAUGCCGAUACGUGAAUAUUCGUUAACGAAAGCUUUGCAAGGUUUAAGAAUCAAUUUUGAAGAAUUCACAGAUUUGUGUAUUUUACUCGGCUGUGAUUAUUGUGAUUCAAUUAAAGGUAUCGGUCAAAAACGAGCGCUUGAUUUGAUCAAGCAACAUCGAAACAUCGAAACAAUUCUCAAAAAUAUCGAUAAGAAAAAAUAUGCAGUACCAGAUGAUUGGGCUUACGAACAAGCCAGACAAUUGUUUAAAGUACCUGAAGUCUUACCAGCUGAUGCGACAGAUUUAAAAUGGACAGAACCAGAUGAACAGGGUCUUGUGUCGUACAUGGUCAAGGAAAAAGGAUUUUCGUAA